AAACUGGUUCCACACUUCCUCAAUGUGACGUCAUACAGGUGUUAUGUGCUCUGGUUUUGGUACACACCUAUUUCGUGACCCAGCCUUAGAUAAGCUUACUUUUCUUCGGGUCUUCAGACUUUAUCGGAAUUUUAGCUCAUAAAAUGUCUAAACAUCCAUUUAAAAGAGAAGAGCUGCAAGAGGCUUUCACUAUGAACUGUUCUGCUGAAAACACCAUUCCCCCCAGCAAGCUAGGUGUUGUCAUUAGAUCAAUAGGGCGUGCCCCAACAGAAGCUCAGUUACAAACUCUUUGCCGGGAAUUUGAAAGUAAAGGAGUCAGAGCCUUGAACUUCCAGCAAGUAGAAGCUAUAAUUACCAAGUAUGAAUUUGCUCCAGAAACACCAGAUGCCUUACGAGAUGCUUUCAGAAUAUUUGAUAAAGAUGGGAAUGGCUUAAUCAGUGCGAGUGAGAUUCGCCACAUUCUUUGCAACUUGGGAGAAAAAUUGACUGAUGAAGAAGUGGAUGAAAUGAUCAGAGAGGCAGAUCUUACAGGGGACGGACAGAUUAACUUUGAAGAGUUUGUGAGGAUCUUGGAAGCUGGGCUGUGAGCUCAUCACCCAAACUGUUGCCAUGGUCACCUCUACAUUCCUGCAUUUCUUUGUUCUCAACUGUAACUUACAAACUGCCAGACUUGCAAAUUAUUUACCCAGUGCAAAUAAUUGAGAGAUGUUUCAAUAUGUAUUUGGUUUGUUUUUAACACAUAGCAGCUUAGAAUGAAAAGAUUCCAAACAUCAAUUUAAAAAAAAAAAAAAAAGAAAUAUUCCAAAGUUUAAAUCAAGCAUUUACUAGAAAUCGAAAAGAUUUAAAUUUGUUCACAUUUUUAUUGCAGUAAAUUUUUUAUGUUUUUUUAUCAGCAGGCUAUUUAUAUAUAUUUAUAUAUAUAUAUAUAUAUAGGAAAUAUUUGUUGUACGAAAAACUUUUCUUAAUCACUAUAUCACUUUUUUUUUUCAUAUAUUGCAUAUAUAUUUUCUUUUCAUAGUUUCUCUAUGUUUUCUAAUACCAUUUCUAAUAGUCUAUUCAAAUAUAAACUAUCCAAUUUUUGUGAUAUAAAUAUCUAAAUAAAUUAUUUUGCCACCAUCUUCAUGUUUAAGAAUUUUGGUGUAUUAGGUUAGUAAUGUCUUCCUGGAUAUAUUUUCAGUUAUUUUUGUUUCAAUAUCAACAUUUUAAUGAGUUAUGGUUUGGUAAUAUUUUUUUUAGUGGUAAGAUUUUUUUGCAUACUGCUUUCAAUUACUGCUUUCAAAUGUGUGUAACUUAGAAAUGAAGUGAUUACAUUUUUUGUAAGGGACUGUAUAAGUUGAUUUUAUAGAACCAAUACAAAUUUGAAUUUGUAAUUAUAUUUUAAUAUAUUAAAAUUAUGAACAAAAUUUGACUUUGAUUUUUAUUAUUAGCUUAGUUCUAAAACUACAGAAAUCAAUGACAAUGUAACUUUUAAAAAAAUAAAUAUAUCUUUUAUUUUUUUUUU